AUGACCGAAAAGUUCGUCCUCGAUUAUGUGGUUUCGCGAGUAACUUCUUGGAAGAUGUGGGACGUAUCUCGAUGGCGCAUCCAUAUUAGCAGUUUCAUCGAGUUUAUGGCCGUGAUGAUCGACGAGCCGAUCUGUCCACCUUCCGUCAUUUACAAUUUCCUAUACUACAUGUAUAAACGUGAUCCAAGCCUGUUUACAGGAAACAUACCGAUAAUGACGCUGUAUCGGGGAGCGCCUGUGGAGUUUAGGACGGGAUUUUAUCCUAUGCCCGUAUUCUUUUGGAUACGCGACGCAGGUCAUAGUCGUGUAGAACCACCAACGGAACCCCUGGUCCAAGAAAGCGACGCUGUUCGAGAGCAAGUUCUCAACCUGCAGGAGACCGUCAAGGCCCUGAGAGGGGAGCUAGAUGCGGCCAAAGGGGAGCUCAGCAAAACCACAAGGGAGCUCAAUAUGUACAAGGACGCCUUCGCCAAUUACGUCAGGAGUAUCCCAGGCUCGUCCUCGCAUAUCUCUGCUGAAGCGCGCAUCAAGACGGAACAUGUACAUGACGAGGAGGGAUUGGACGACAAUCGGCGUGGGGUCAAAAGGCCCAGAUGCGAGUAG